GACAAUGCUUUUGUUCCACGAAUACUAAAUUUUUUCCACUGUUGUUGUUGUUGUUGUCGUUGUCAUUGUUAAUCAUUAAUCUUCUUUCUGAUUUUAUGACCAUUCAUUCAUUUACAUUCAUUACCAGGCAGCCAUGAAUUUAUUCAUCGAUUAGCAUUGUUCAUCAAUAAUUAUAUCGAUUGUUCAAUUUAUUCAUGGAAAAUUGAUCACUGACUGAUUGAAAGAAUGGAAUUUAUACGUACACCAAAGGUUGAAAAUGUACGAUUCUUGUAUCGUUAUCCAACAGUGUCAAAUUCAUCGUCUACCGGCACACUUUAUUUGACGGCAACACAUUUAAUAUUCGUAGAUCCUGGCCUACAACGUGAAACAUGGAUCCUACAUUCAUUGAUUGCAUCAGUGGAAAAAUUACCCAUCACAACGAUUGGUUCACCAUUAUUAAUGAGAUGUAAACAUUUUUUAUGCAUAACAUUUGUGAUACCAAAAGAAAAAGAAGCUCAUGAUAUUUAUCAAUCUUUGAUUCAAUUAUCACAACCAAAUCGAAUUGAACAAUUAUAUUGUUUUCAUUAUACUGCAUCGAAUGAAUUUUUCACUAUCGAUGAUGGAUGGAAUAAAAUAUCAUUGGAAAAAGAAUACGAACGUAUGGGCUGUCCAAAUAAUAAUUGGAAAUUAUCAACAUUGAAUAAAAAUUAUGAAUUAUGUAAAACUUAUCCACAAUGUUUAUUUCUACCAAGUACUGCCGAUGAUUAUAUUAUACGUGGUAGUGCUAGAUUUCGUUCAAAAUCACGUUUACCAGUAUUGUCUUAUCUUUAUACGAACAAGGCUUCAAUAUGUCGUUGUGCACAACCAUUAUCUGGUUUCAAUGCUCGCUGUAUUGAAGAUGAAAAAUUAUUGGAUCAUAUUCGACGAACGAAUCCACAAUCACCACUUUUGUAUGUGGUUGAUACAAGACCAAGAAUCAAUGCAAUGGUCAAUAAAGCACAAGGAAAAGGAUAUGAAAAUGAAAUGUAUUAUGAGAAUAUUAAAUUUCAUUUUUUUGGCAUCGAAAAUAUUCAUGUUAUGCGUGGAAGUUUACAAAAAUUGAUCGAUGCUUGUGAACUUCGUGUACCUUCAAUGAAUUCAUUUUUGACCGGUGUCGAAGGCAGUGGUUGGUUACGUCAUGUUAAAUCGAUAUUGGAAACAUCAGUGUUUAUUGCAAACGCUGUCCACAAUGGUAUCAGCAUUGUUAUCCAUUGUUCCGAUGGUUGGGAUCGUACCGCUCAAACUUGUUCGAUAGCAUCGAUAAUUUUAGACCCUUUUUAUCGUACGAUUGAUGGUUUUCAAACAUUGAUUGAAAAAGAUUGGCUUGCUUUUGGCCAUAAAUUCACUGAUCGUUGUGGCCAUUUUAAUGGUGAUAAUCGUGAAAUGGCACCAGUGUUUACACAAUUUUUGGAUGUUAUUUGGCAAAUAAUGCAACAACAUCCAUGUGCUUUUGAAUUUAAUGAACGAUUUUUGAUCAAUAUAAAUGAUUUUGUUUACAAUGUUCAAUUCGGCACAUUUGUUCGUAAUUGUGAACGUGAACGUAAUGAAUCACGAUUAUCGAAACGGACAUUUUCUGCAUGGGGCUAUUUGGAUGCUCAUCGCAUUGAAUAUGUAAAUCCAUUAUAUCAACCAAUGGAUUCAAUGUUGACAAUAUCGGUGGCGCCACAAUUUAUUAAAUUUUGGAGAGGCCUGUACAAUCGUUUUGAAACUGGUGUUCAUCCACGUGAUUUUCUUGAAGAUAUUUUACGAGCCAAAUAUCAUCAUAUUGAUCAAAUGAGAAAACAUAUCACAUUUCUGGAAAAUUAUUUAGCACAAAAACAACAACAACAACAACAACAACAGCCAAAAGAAAAUGGUGGUGAACCACAAAAAUUUCGACCACUAGGUUCAAUCGAUUUGGAUGAAAUUGAUAGACCAUUAAAAGUGGUUGAACAAUGUAUGCAAAGAUUAGUGAUGCAACAUGAACAAAAUCUUAAAGAUCAACAACAACAAUGUAUUGAUGAGGAUGAAAAAUCCAAAUCAUCACUUGAUACGAAUGAAAAUCGUACCGUUGAUAAUCAGAGUCCUAUUCCUAGACCUAAUUCAUUGAAAUUAGGAAACAACAAUAUUCAAGAUGAUGAACAUGAUGAAACCGAAGAAGAUUGUUUAUCAAUGCCAUUGGAACAAGUUGUACAGGAUUGUUCAAUCAUAUCAUUGAAUUGGCAAUCAUUUCAGAAUCUUAAAAAUUGUAGCUGUUCAACACCGUUAGAGCCUUAUUCCACAAGAUUACAUUGUUUUGCGUGUGGACAUAUUUUUUGUGUCCGAUGUUUAGGUGAACGUUGUACCAUUCCAUGUCAUCAGCCUAUUGUAUCAUUCAAAUCGGUAUGCCGUAAUUGUUUCAAACGAAUAACAAAAUCCAAUUCAAUUGAUGCGUAAAUUUUUUUCUGAUUUAACAAAAAAAA